AUGACGAGUUCUCAUUUGCUUGUUCAUCCACGUAAGGCCUCUGUCCUGUUUGUCAGAAGCUGCAUUAACUUUGAUUGGAAAGCACCGAGGCACGACGAACAUCGGGCACGUCGUCUAGUGGAUGUUGAGACGUCUGCCACAGAGCAGAAUGAGCUGAGACAUGAUGAUCCUCCGAUCAAGACCGAGGCCAACUACGUCCCCCAGCUAGAGGAUGAGGAGCGUCGUAUCGAGAUCGAGGCCUACAAGAGAUCUCAUUGGCUCCACUAUCCACGUAAGAACUCCACAUUGAUCCCCCAAAGCUGUGCUAACUCUGAUUGGAAAGCACCGUGGUACGACGAACCUUGGGCGCGUCAAUUAAGGGGUGUUGAGACGUCCGUUCCAGAACAGAAAAAGUCUGUCCAUAAUGAUCCUCAGACUAAGGCUGAAGCCAAUUACGUCCCGCGACUCAGAGAGGAGAGCCGACGGAUUAAGACAGAAGCCGAGUCCUCCUUUCUAGACCAAACCUACCGCUAUGACGCCGCCACAGCCCGCGACAAAGCAUUACAGCCCUACCGCUUCUCCGAAGCCUGGGCCGGAUCAGCAUUAAGGGGAGGAGAGCCUAUGUUAGACCCAGGAUGCUGCCAAAGAUCCGAGGCCUCUUGCACUAGUACUGAGGUCAACAGCUCAGAAGUUGAGUCCCUGGACGGAUACGACACCGCCACAAUCCACAAUGAGGAGUUGCAAUCUUCUCGCUUCUCCGAGUACUUGGACGAAUCAGUGUCCGGAGAAAGAGAGCUUAUGUUGAACCAAGAAUUGCCUGUGUCACAGCCCUAUAUCAAAAAAGAUAGGCCAGCCCGACAGUCUGCUCGCCUUUCCACUCGACGGUCUACUCGACAGUCUACUCGACAGUCUACUCGACAGUCUACUCAACAGUCUGCCCAACGAUCAGCCCGACGUACAAAACGCAAGACCAAGCGGCCAGCGUCUUACCGCAUCAGAAAAUACUACGGAACUCAGCAGACCGCAUGGAUUGAUUGA